AUGAACUGCUGCCAGCAUUCAUCCAAUGCACCAUUGACCACACUGCUCAACCACCAUGAACAGACCACUUCCCUAUCAUAUCCACUAUCAACAUAUCCACUGCCAUCAAUGAUAACAAUCAAAAACCAAAUGCACACAGCACUAGAAGAUCUUGACCAUGUGAUACAAAAAACCAUAGAGCUAUAUGUCCCAUGGACCAAACCAAGCCUAUACAUCAAGCGAUGA